AUGCCUCCUCAAUUUCCCAUCGUCGAUACUUGGAAGUCUUACAAAGAGUUGGAAAAGAGGUUUCUCGGGUGGCUCGUGAAAACAGCAUCUGCAACAGGACAAGAUCUUGAGUCCCCUGACUCUACGCCUCGACUUAAAUACAUCAUGAGUAUCACAGAGGUUGUCAUUAGCGAGAAACAUGAGUUACCAAGUAAUGUCCGAGACGAUCUAGCUCAAGUUAUAUCUAAGCGCAAGGAGGCAGCGGAAUGGUAUGGACGUUACAACCAGGAUGAUUCAGGCCACAUGUAUUAUUUAGAAACGUUGCAAACGAUAUUGCAACUAUUCGAGGAUCUCUACUCUAAGGACCCAGAUGUGGUACUGGAUGAUGAAACUAAUCGGAAACCUCGAAUUGAUUCGGAGACCACCAAUGAUGAGGGAGUCACCAAUAACCAAUUCGGUAGCUUGGAGAUUGAAAGUACUCACCUGUCAUCCUCGGAUUCGGAUAGUGAUGGAGAGAGAAAUUCAACUGGUGGUAGUGCAAAAAAUCACAGAAAGCCAAAAGCAAAGAAGAAGGGAAAGAAUGGUAAAAAUCAAAAGAGUGGAAAGAUUAGAAAGAACAAAAUCGAGAUACCGACAGAAGAACAAAUCACGCCUUUAGAAGUAGAUGCUUCCGAUCCAUUCGACGAAUACCUGAGAGUUUACUUCUUUCUCAAAGAUAUGAAUGUCAUGAGAAAUUAUAUACUCGAUCAGUGGAACGAUUACUCGAUCGAACUUCUCAGUCUAGCAAACGUCUCGCUUGUUACGAAUCAAGCGAUGGCAAUUUUUCAGUGGGCCGAGAAUGGUUUGCUUUCCCAUCUACCAAGUGAUAAACAAAGCUAUGAAAACAUUGCAAAUAUCAUGUGCCCGGAUGUCAACAAGUUGAUGGAGAAAAUCAAGAAUGCAGGCGCCACUGACUUCAACGAGUUGAUGUAUCUCGAGGAUAAAAGUGAUGAAAGCCAAGAGCAUAAUGCUGUUGUUAAAACUGAGGACUAUCUAUGUUAUACCACGUGGUCGGUACUAUCUGAAUGGCAUAAGGAAUCUUCGGUGGAUCAACACCAAAGAAGUUCUAAUCAUCGAGUUGUCACGCCGGAAGAUACCAAGAAGUUCACCUUGGAAGAUAAGAUUGAUCUUAAUCGCACCAUCUUACACGAAUUGCUUUACGAGGUCUGGCACCUCAAGAAAGAGAUGAUUUCAGACGAUUAUAGGAACUAUUUUGAAGAUGCGUUCACGAAAGGUAUUCGGGAUUUUCUGACUACCAAAGAAAUUCCAAUAUGGCUAGUCUUCGCGGCCCAGAUCAUGUGCGACAUUCGGUUCAUUCUGGGGAAGGAAGUAGUGCGUUGCCACGAUGAGGUUGUUUUGUUUUCCAGUCAUAUGUUACAGCACCUGAAAAAUUGCUUCAAGACAGCUAGUAUUCACCAUUUGCACGAUUUUCAUUUUGUAACGUAUCAGCUUUACAACGAUCUGUGGGCUUACAACUUGAAAGACUGGAUGAGCCCGAAUUUUGACCCUCCUCCCGCUGACUGGGAGCAUGAGGGGAUGCAUCCUACGCCAAUCUCAAAGAACAACCAUGAGAAAUUCUCCUAUCUACGCCUGAAUCCUGUUAUGUGUGGGACGUGGAUCCUUGGUCGUACGAUAAGAUAUCAUGAAGCGGGAAAUUGUAACACAGCCUUUGAACCUAGUACAAUAAGCUGUAUACAUCUUUACAACGCACUUCGUCAAGAGUCGCUGAAAGAUUUGGAUGAAUAUCCCAAGUGGAAAGAUAUGGAAUUCCUCAUCUUGAUGCAAUCAGUGGAUCAAUUAUUCAAUCAAAGCGAUGAGCCUUCGAAUUCGAAUGACUAUGUCGUGAGCUUUGAGAAAAAGUUUCAAAAGCGAGGUCCAACAGCGUUAGGAUUGCAGCAUACUUCAUUGCUUGCCAAACACUUUCACAGAAAAUUCUGUAUGCUGAUCGAUUGUGAUCAUCAUGGGUACUCGGCUGAUUUUGUAAAAAUGAUUAACGCAAUAUGCAACGACAAAUUGGAUGAGUUACUCCCCAGUUUGAAAAACAUCUUUCCCGGGAACCAAAUUUCUCCUGGACCUUCGGAUGACGCGCCCAGAAAUAUCUUUAACUGUAUUGAAGAUCUAAAUGACCGAAUGAAAAUGGACUUCUUAGGAAAGAAAUCAAGAAAAUGGGGUGGAGUAGAAUUUCUCCGAAUUAUGACUAGACUGGUGGAAAAAGAAGCUCUCUUUCUGUACUUCGAUUGGCACGGAACUUACGUUACAUGCAUGCAUUUGCUUAAGAAUUUACAUGAGGAAUUCCGAUCGGAAAUCGACGGAGCGGCGUCUGGAAUCUCUCUUCUCCCCGAGCCGUCAGAGAUGGACAAGGUGGCUCAUUUUCUAUUGAAACGGUUGGGUAAGAGUGAGGAAAUUAGAAAAGAUACCGUAAAAAGGAUGCGAAAGGUUUUCGAUAGGAGAAUUCGUAAGAUGAGCGGACCAGAGGAAGACGAACACCUGGUGAUCAGGGCGGUGAAUUUGUUCUUGGUCAAGAGACCUCGAUACGAAGCCUCGAGAGUUGAGAUGGAGUUGAACAGUUCGUGGCCUCCUAUGUAUCCGAGGUGA